AUGGCCAACUAUAUCAAAGAUAUUGAAGAAAUACCCUGUCUAAAACCACCACAAGAAACUUUUGUUGAUGAUCCAACUUCUUUAAAAGACAUUCAUUUGGAUGAGUUAACAUUUGACUUAAGCAAUGGAUUAAAGACGAUAAACAAUUUACAUAUACUACAUGUCGUUUAUAUUUAUGCGCUGUUUAUUAAAUUUAUUAUCAAAUUACAAGAGCAUCCACAACUUUAUGAUAAAUUUAGACAACAACUAUUGCAACAAUUGGAAGAAGAAGCGAGUCAAUCAUUGAAGAUGAAUGGAAAUAAGACAAACAAUGAGACAGACGUUGCUUCUACUUCUGCUGAUGCUGCUGCCACAUCUUCAUUAGAAUCACCUCCAAUUUCUAACUCUAAUUCAACAUCCACUACCAAUACUUUGGACUCAUCUACAACAACGUUAAAUACUGAUGAACUUAGUGAUAAGUCAACACCAACUGUAACUGCUACUACUCAGAUAGAUGAUGAUGAUGAUGGGAAAACAGAUGUUGGCGAAUAUACGAAUGGAAGCGGGUUAUCCGAUAUUGUGUUAGAAAGAAGUGAUAGUGAUGAGGUUAUGUUUAAUGAUGAAAAUAUUGACAAUAUCAACUUUAAUUACAGCAGCAAUGGAGAAAAUAAUGAAGAUGGUGGUUCAUCUCCAGGUAACUAUAUUCCCAUUGAGACACUACUUGAAAAUUUUAAACUAAAUGAUCCUAACCCGUCAAAGGAGGAUAUCACCAUGACCAAUCUGAAUAUUUACACCACCAACUUUUCAAAAUCAAUAAUAUCAGAAAUUGAAUAUGCACAAAGAGUUAACCAUUCCACUCAAUUAAGUAAAGUUUUCCAAUUGAUCAAAACACCAAAUUUACCCAUUGAUCAAUUCCUAUUACGAAUAAAACAGUACUCACCAUCAAUUUCCAUCCCAGCAUAUCUUCAUUCAAUAUUUAUCUUGUUUAAAUUGACCACCUUACUUUCGCUGGUUACAUUAACAACAAACAAUUCAUAUCGAUUCAUAGUUGGUGCUUUAAGAACAUGUACCAAGCUCCUUGAUGACAUUUAUCAAAAACAACUGAAUUUCACUCAUGUUGUUGGAGUGAAUCUACGUGAUUUAUCGAAAAUGGAAGUCAAUUUCUGUUAUUUGAUUAAUUUUAAUUUUAAUUUACAAUGUUUGGAUAAAACUUUAAUUAGGUUUUUGAAAUUCGAGUUUGUGAAAUUGUGUCAGUUUGUGAAACUGGAAUUGAAUGAUGUUUAUAACGAAGUGGUCGACAGUUUUUGA